UUGAGGUGAUGUGGUAGAUAAAAUUGUACAAGUUGAUUUCCAGCGAAUUUUGUUUCUGCACAAUGUUCUCGUUCUCCAGUAGUGGUUCUCCAGUGAGUCAUUCACAUUCGUUUACGCGGUUUAACAUCAAUUCGUAUUUCCGCCGUCUAUAUAAUAUUAAUCACAUGAAAUUAAAUGAAUGGGAAGUUAAUCAAAUGAAAGCAAUAAAUUCGAGUUCUUUUCAUAAAACCGUUUAUUCAUUCGAAAUUUCGUAAUUGUUUCUAAACAGUGAUCGUGCGAUAAACAAAGAUUCGGUACAAAAAUGGAAAACAAAGAUGAAAACGAAACUGAAGAGAGUGGUGAUUACAACGAAACGUCGAUAAAUAGACCAAGUUUAGGAUCUUUAGGAUCAGACGGAGAUUAUGAUGAUAUAUUGGGUGUACCAAGGUCUAUUAAAAUAUUAGACAUAGGAGAUGGACCAGUGGCUAUAGAACAUUCCGAUGAAGAACUUGAAGAAGAUGGUAUCGAACAUAUCGGAUUUAACGCUGUACAUAACUACAAGAAAUUUUCGUCUAUGAAUAGAGACGUAUUCAUACCAGGCGUAGAUGUAUCUGCAAUAAUAGUGGAUUAUGAAAGGAAUUUAACAUCUCACAUGCUCAAUCCAAAUUUGUAUACAAUUUCUCUCGUACACGGAAAUUUCAAUUGGCAGAUAAAAAAGAGGUACAAACAUUUACAAUCCCUCCACCAACAAUUGGUAUUAUUUAAAACGGGUUUGAAUAUACCUUUUCCGACUAAAACUCACAAAAACAAAAGGAAAUCCGUCAAACAGAACGUGAAAAAAACUACGAGCGGUAAACGGAAAAUGGCGUUACCGAGAUUUCCAAAAAAACCGGAAGUUUUAGUAUCUUACGAAAGAAUUGGUAAUAGAAUGAAACAAAUCGAAAGUUACCUGAAUAAUUUGCUAUCGAUACCGAUCUACAGGAACCAUUCAGCAACUAUAGAAUUUUUGGAAGUGUCUCAUUUAUCGUUCGUCGAAGGUCUUGGUUCAAAAGGUAAAGAAGGUUACGUAAAAAAACGAACGGGAAGUACGAAUCCCGGUCAAACCGGUUGCAAUUGUUUCGGUUUAUAUCAUUGCGUGUGUUGCGUAAGGAUGAAAUAUUUCUGUAACGAUUUGAUUUGUUCGAGAUACGUGAAAAGGUGGUUUUUUGUAAAAGACACUUAUUUCGGUUAUAUCAAUCCAAAAAACGGUCGUAUAAAGGCGGUCGUACUUUUCGAUCAAGGUUUCGAAGUAGCAUCCGGUAUAUACGCUUUGGGGGUACAAAAUAGUUUCCAGGUACAGAGUUUAUGCAGAAAUAUCACUUUCAAAUGUUGGACUAAACGGAAAAGUAAAGAAUGGACGGAAAAUUUGAAAGAAGUCGCUGCCACUACUGCGCGAGAAUUUGUGUACCCCAAUAGAUACAGAUCUUAUGCUCCUAUAAGAGUGAACGUAACGGCUUCUUGGUUUGUUGAUGGGUGUUCUUACAUGUCCGCUGUUGCGGAUGCUAUAGAAAACGCCAAGGAAGAAGUUUUUAUUACUGACUGGUGGUUGAGUCCCGAAAUCAAUUUAAAAAGACCCGCCAUACUUGGAGAUUACUGGCAACUCAAGAGAUUAUUAGAAAGAAAAGCGGAUAGCGGUGUUAAAAUAUACGUUUUGUUAUACAAAGAAGUCGAAAUGGCACUCGGAUUGAAUAGUUACUAUAGCAAACAAAAAUUAACGGAAUCGUCGUCUAAUAUUAAGGUCCUUAGGCAUCCUGAUCAUGCUAAAACUGGUAUAUUCUUAUGGGCGCAUCACGAAAAAUUGGUUAUUGUGGAUCAGACCUACGCUUUUAUAGGAGGAAUUGAUCUGUGUUAUGGUAGAUGGGAUGACAAUAAACACAGAUUAACCGAUUUAGGUAGCGUAACGCCCAGUAUAAAUACAUCGACGUUAAAGAAAAAAUCCUCCAAUGUACCGACAGGAGAUACGAUCUACCCCAUCCCUGUACCAUAUUACAAACAAACUCGAAAUUUGGAUAUAGACGAACCGGACAACGAAGUUAUUAAAGUGACACCUGAUUUACCCGAAUUAGAACCAGGUGAUCAUUUGUUGAUACCCAUAACACACGGACAUCCAGUUAAAAUGAAUACUCCACAGUUGGAGAGGAAACAUGCAAAUGUGCACAGCGUUAUUGACAAUUUGAAAAUUAAAGGAAAAGAACUGAUGAAUUUGGUUUACACUCCUCAUGAACACGAAACUUUGUCUGAACGAGAUUCAACUGAAACUAAGUUAGACGAAACCGACGCUCGAACUCCCGAAGAAAUAAUCGAUACUUUGGACGGUUCGGCAAAAUUAUGGAUAGGAAAAGAUUACGUCAAUUUUAUUGUGAAAGAUUUCACGAAUUUAGAUUCGCCGUUCGAUGAUUUCAUAGAUAGGAGCACUACGCCGAGGAUGCCUUGGCACGAUAUAGGAAUGUGUGUACAGGGUGAUGCCGCCAGAGACGCAGCUAGGCAUUUCAUUCAGAGAUGGAACUCGGCGAAAUUGGAAAAAGCUAAAAAUAACGAUAUGUACAAUUAUUUAUUGCCGAAGAGUUACGAUAACUACAAAACUUUACCGGUGGAGUUUCCUAACAAAACUCACAAAGUAUCUUGUCAGUUGUUGAGAAGUGUUAGUUGUUGGUCUGCGGGAUUUUUAGAAGCUGAUACUAUCGAACAAAGUAUACACGAAGCUUACAUCGAUACUAUAACUAAAGCUCAACAUUAUAUAUACAUAGAAAACCAAUUUUUCAUAUCGUUAUCCUGUGAUAAUCCUUUCACUAAAAAUCAAAUCGGAGAAGCAUUGUAUAAACGAAUAAUUAGGGCUUACAAAGCUAAAGAAGUUUUUAGAGUUUACAUCGUAAUGCCUUUACUGCCGGGAUUCGAAGGAGAAGUAGGAGGUCCUUCUGGUACUUCCUUACACGCAAUCACCCACUGGAAUUAUCUAUCUAUAUCAAAGGGUAAAGACGCCAUUUUAAAUAGAUUAAAAGAUGCCGGUAUAGAAGAUCCGUCAGAUUACAUAACCUUCUACGGUUUACGAACUCAUUCGACUUUAAAUUCCGAACCAAUAACUGAACUCAUCUACGUACAUUCUAAACUCAUGAUAGUUGAUGAUAAAAAGGUGAUAUGCGGUUCAGCUAACAUCAACGAUAGAUCACUUAUUGGUAAAAGAGAUUCUGAAGUAGCUGUAUUGAUAGAAGACGAAACGUUUGAAGAUGGAAUUAUGAACGGGUCGUCGUUUCCAUGCGGAAAAUUCGCUGGAAGUUUGAGAAAACAUCUGUUCAAGGAACAUCUCGGUCUUCUGGAUGAAGAAAAUGAAGUAUUUGAAGAUGUAGAUGUUAGAGAUCCAGUAUCGGAAUCGUUUUAUAGGGAAGUGUGGUACAAAACUGCUGAUUUAAAUACUGAAUUUUAUGAUAAAAUAUUCCAUGUUAUACCGACGAAUACAGUGGAAACUUUCGGGGAUUUGAAAAGGAAUCACGAAGAGAAACCGUUGUGGGUGGAUGAAUUUUCUAGAGCGGAGAAAAUGUUGGAUAGUAUACAGGGACAUUUAGUUUUACUACCCUUAAACUUUUUAUCUAAAGAGUACUUAAUGCCUGCUGUUAACUCUGCAGAAGGUUGGAUGCCUACUUCUUUAUGGAUUUAAUUUAUCAAUUUUUUUUAAUGGUUUUUAAAUAUUUUUUUAAAUUAUAUGGAAAUACUCAAAAUUUUUUGAAAAAUGUACAUAUGUUUUGCACUGAUUUGAAAUUUGUUAAUAUUCAAAUUCAAUUUGAGUUACUUCUUUUCAGGAGAUUAAAAAUAAUGAUUUUAAAUAAAAAGACAUAACCUCAAAUUUCGGAUCAAAAAAUAAAGAUUAAGCUUUACAGUCUUCACAAAGUGAAGACAUAUUUUUUGAGCACCACAGACAAAUAUGACGCCUUUUUCGACCUAGUGAUAUUAGUUAUGGGCAAAGUUAUGGGGCUAUGUCAUAUCUGAAACAGCAAAUAGAUAAACAAACUUUGAAGGCUUAUAUUUUUGGAAUCAAUAGGGCUAGAGUUUUGAAAUUUUCACGAUUUGUGAAUCAAUUCUUCAUUAUCGGAUAGAACUUUGGUAGAAAGCUCUAUGUUUGAUGGUGCAAAAGUUAUGGGCAAAGUUAUGAGGUUAUAUCCGAAACAGCAAAUAAGAUAAACUUUGAAGGGUUUUAUUUUUGGAACCAAUAGAGCUAGAGUUUUGAAAUUAUCACGAUUUGUGAAUCAAUUCUUCAUGAUCGGAUAGAACUUUGGUAGAAAACUCUAUGUUUGAUGGUACAAAAGUUAUGGGCAAAGUUAUGAAGUUAUAUCCGAAACAGCAAAUAAGAUAAACUUUGAAGGGUUUUAUUUUUGGAACCAAUAGAGCUAGAGUUUUGAAAUCAUCACGAUUUGUGAAUCAAUUCUUCAUGAUCGGAUAGAACUUUGGUAGAAAACUCUAUGUUUGAUGGUACAAAAGUUAUGGGCAAAGUUAUGAAGUUAUAUCAUAUCCGGUCGCCCACUGCCAGCACUUUGAUCUAUCAAUCUUAUCAGUUUUCUUUUGCUAAGCUAUCAGCUAGGGAUAUGUUCACAUCCGAAAGAGAAUUAAAGAUGUUUAAAUGUAACUUUUAACAGUUUAAAAUAGUUGCAACUUUAUAAUAAAUAAAUCAACUCGUGAGUCAUACACUAGCCCUAACGGAGUAGUAUUUUUUAAAAAAGUGUAUUAGCAAAACUUACCCAUCGUAACUUCUUAUUCACUCGUACUUGUCCUAUUUUUUCACGAACAUUUCAUUCAAUCUCCUUUUUUUACUUCCCAUCACAAACUUUCGUAACUUCGAUUUAUGUCUUUUAUUCCACCUUGUACGUAAAUGACACGUUUCACUUUUAUAUUUUACCGUUUUCUAACCAAAUUUUUCAUCCGUGCAAUUUGUUUUUUUAGUAUUACACCUUAUAAAUUAAUAAUAAUCAAUAAAAAUCACUACACCACUGCCACAAUAUCUUGAAUAAAUCUUAGGUUAUGUUAGAGACGCGCACAAAAGUUUGAAAAAGAAGAAGCGUUUUUUAAUAAAAUAAUUACUCACAUACACAACGAUAAUUAUAUUUCUAUUAUUUUUGUAUCAUUAUUUAUCCAUUUUUCAUUAAAUACUUUAUACAUGUAUUAGUGUUAAUUAACCCUAUUAUAACUUUUCAUUAAAUGGAUUCAUAGUAGACCGAACGCCGGAUAUUGUACAUUCUGAGCGGUAUUGCCACAUUUCCGCUGAUAAAUUUAGCUACCUUGAAAGUAUUUUUUUAAUUAUGUUUUUUUUUAUAAUAAAAUUGUUUUAGACUCAAAUUUAUGUAAAUGUCAAAAAGUAUUUAUGUCUUUUAUAAAUAUUUAUAUUGAAAAAAUGUGUAAUAAACAAUUUUUAAUAAAA